AUGAAAUUGUCAGUCACACUACUUAUCGUACUCGUUACUGAUUGCAUUGCGUGGCCAAAAAGUAUUGAUCGAACAGGUAAUGAUUUGCCAAUUGAACAACUAAGUAGAAUUUAUCAAGCAAUGUUGCUCAAAUCAAAGCGUAGCCCAAGCAUGGGCUUAUCAUUAGCAGAAUAUAUGGCAAGUCCGCAAAGCCAGGAUAACUUCCAUUUUAUACCAAUCAUUCGCCGUUGA